AUGACACUGGUCGCGCCACCACCGCAACAGUGUGCAUCGAUGCCGUCUCCCACGUCUCUACCGAACGGAGUCGCUCCUUCACCGCCACCACCAUGUUCGGGUUGCAUAAAACUCCAUGCCGACAUUAAGCAGAAUAUGCAGCAAAUGAUGGAUAAAUUCGACUUAAUCUACAUGCGGUUGGAGAGUCUAAUGAACGAGAAGGAAAAGGAUCGACUUAUCGCUCACGAUCAGGAAAUGAGCGAGAGUGGAAGUGAUGAUAAGGAUGUUCCGUCGCCAGCUGAUAGCAGGGCAUCGCCGAACACCACACAAGGCAGUCGUAAGCGAAAACCGAACAAGGACACCGUGCAUCGGGUGGCGGACGAUGCAAUGCAGAGCAGCGCUAUAGCAGUGGUGUCAGAGAUGUCGGCCGUGUCGGCAACUUCAUCAGCAUCUGUUUCUACGACCACACCUAGUUUUGUAGAUAAUAUUGGAUUCUUGGGCGGGCAAAUGAUGGAUCCCUUGGCACAGCAGCAACAACUUCUGCAGUUCAUCAUGCAGCAGUCACUUGCUGGAGCCGGUGCACAUCCGGCUCCAACGUCUGCGUCACAGACACCGGCACCAUCUUUGUCCACAAUGGCCGCUUCUGGACCGGUGGUGAAAGCCGAACAACCUGAUCCACAGGUGCUUAUGGAACAACUGCAACAGCAAUUCAAAGAGAAGUUCGAGGAUGAAGAGUCGAACGCAUCCGUAUCACGUUGUAGUAAUUGCAUGACGACGAAGACAACUGCUUGGAGGAGGGACAUGGCCGGGAAACUCGUCUGCAACGCGUGCGGGCUCUACUAUAGGCUUCAUCGGACUCAUCGUCCCGUGCAUAUGCGAAAAGACUUCAUUCAGCAGCGUUUUCGAAGAAAGACGAAAGAAGAAGAGGUGAAUUCGCCUUCUGCAGUGCUCAGUUCGUUGUUUAAUAUGUCGCAGUUAGCCGGUAACGCAAAUCCGGCAGCGUUUAGUUUUCUGGAACAAUUCAAUCAUAUGAAUUCACUGCAAGAGCAAAUGAACAGUACUGCACCGGUCUGA